AUGUCUGAUCCAAGUUCUAUCAAUGGGGGUGUUGUUGUGGCGAUGACCGGUAAAGAUUGUGUUGCCAUUGCCUGUGAUUUACGUCUGGGAAGUCAAUCGUUAGGUGUGUCUAAUAAUUUUGAAAAAAUCUUUCAUUAUGGCCAUGUAUUUUUUGGUAUCACUGGGUUAGCUACAGAUGUCACUACCUUGAAUGAAUUGUUCCGUUACAAGACUAAUAUGUAUAAAUUGAAAGAAAACCGAUCUAUUGAACCCGAAACUUUUACCAAUCUAGUGUCAAGUACGUUAUAUAGUAAAAGAUUUGGACCAUAUUUUGUGGGGCCUGUUGUUGCAGGGUUGAAUAGUAAAACAGGAAAACCAUAUAUCGCAGGGUUUGAUUUAAUCGGGUGUAUUGAUGAGGCUAAAGAUUUCAUUGUAAGUGGUACUGCCAGUGAUCAAUUAUUUGGUAUGUGUGAAUCAUUAUAUGAACCUAAUUUAGAAAGUGAAGAUCUAUUCGAAACCAUCAGCCAAGCCCUAUUAAAUGCUGUAGAUCGUGAUGCAUUAUCUGGUUGGGGUGCUGUGGUGUAUAUAAUCAAGAAAGAUAAAGUGAUUAAGAGAUACUUGAAGACCAGACAGGAUUAA